AUGGUGAAACCAAGAAAAUAUGGAGGUUUUGGAAUCGGUGAACUAAGAAGUGCCAACUUAGCUUUAUUAACAAAGUGGGGAUGGAAGUACAAGGAGAAUCCGGAAGCCUUAUGGGCCAAAGUAGUGAGAGCAAUUCAUGAAAAUAAGAGAAGUCACAAGCUUAUUUCAGUUUACAAUGGAGUGCCAGGAAUAUGGAAAGAUAUUGUUACAUCAUACAAGGAACUAGAAAGAAAACGAAUAAAUCUGAAAGAAAGGCGGGAGGCGAAGUUGGGAGACGGAAUGAAGGUAAAGUUCUGGUUGGAUAACUGGGUAGGUGGAAUGCCGUUCAAGGAGCGAUACCCGGAUUUGUUUAGAAUUGCGAGGAGGAAGCGAGCAUGUAUAGCGGAUUUUGCGGUUAAAGUACAUAACGAAACUCAAUGGAAUAUCGAAUGGACAAGACCCCCGAACAGCGAUGUAGAAUGGGGACAAUGGUCUGGAAUGUUAAGCGAUUUAAAUAAAGUAGGUCUCGGUUCAGGGGAAGACCGAUGGGGAUGGCGGACCGAUUGUAAUACCUCGAUGUAUCAAUCUCUACAACAGUUUUGUGUUUGGUUCGGUGGCAGUUAUUGUUUUCAUAUCAGUAAGAGUGACACGUCAGCCCUAGCGGGGUUGGGGUGUUACACCGAUAAAUGGGAGGACUUCACGGUGGCGGCGGUUAAGGAACAUAUUGCAAAACUAGUGGAUAGUGAACAAGAUGUACAGUGGCCUCAUUGGAAUUCUUGGGCUUCGGCUAAAGUUAACUACUUCACCUGGAGAGCGGCUUUAGGAAGGAUUGCGGUAAAACAAGAAUUGAGAAAGAGAGGGAUUGAGCUGUUGCCGUUGUAUGUGGAUAUUAGCUCUUGUGUAAAGAUAAUGGCAUAUGUGGAUGGAUUGAGUGGAUCAACGGACUGGAAGAAGGUUGUGAAAUUGGUAUUUCAAGCAACUAUAUGGCAUCUAUGGAAGUCAAAGAAUGAAAAGGAGUUUAAAGGAAUCUCAAGAUCCGGAAAUAACGUCGUUGAAGAUGUCAAGGCAGACAUGUUUUUAUGGAUGAAAUGUAGAUCAAAUUUCAAGGAUUUAGUAUGGGAUAGAUGGGUGAACUUCAAUAUAAGAGAUACAAUAAAAUAG